CUCCGAAGGCUAGAAUAGUGUUUCUUAUAAUUAAUGAUUCUAUAAUUUAGCUGAAAUAGCUGACAAAAAUCGUAUAACGUAAUGUAAAGGACUAAAGCUAUGAUGUUUGAUGCUGGUACGCUUAAUGAAAGUAUCAGCACAAUACCAGUGGUUAUUAUAAAUAAUUAAAUCGGGCGAAGGGAGCUGCAGCGGAAUUGCUGAUGUCAGGGUUCAGUGCAGCAUUUCGUGGUGCAGGGUGGAAGCGUUGCAAUCUGCACCGCGUUUAUUUCUCUCUCACACAUGCAACUCCGACAAGAAAUAUGCUUUCAAUUGUUAAGACCUGCGUGUUAUUUUCAGUCUUGUGCUUGUACCUAGCAAAACCGAUUUAUUUGAAAAGAGUUUCCAGAUGUCCUUCAACAUGCAGCUGUUCAAAGGAGUCCAUUAUUUGCGUCGGAUCUUCCUCUGUCCCAAGGAUCAUCCCGAACGACAUCAAUUCACUGAGCAUUGUCAAUGGGACCUUCUCCGAGGUCAAGGAGACCAUGUUUGCUCACAUGCCAUCUCUCCAACUCUUGCUACUUAAUUCUAAUUCCCUGAUAACAAUUAGAGACGAUGCAUUUUCUGGCCUUCCACAUCUGGAGUACCUGUUCAUUGAAAGUAAUAAGAUCGAGACUGUCUCCAAAUACGCCUUCAGAGGACUCAGAGACCUGACUCACCUGUCUUUGGCAAACAAUAAAUUAAAAGCAUUACCAAGGGAUUCCUUCAUUGACCUGGACUCAUUGAUAGAGCUGGACCUGCGAGGAAAUGCCUUUGAGUGCGAUUGCCGUGCCAAGUGGCUGAUGUUGUGGCUGAAAAACACCAAUGCCACGGUUUCAGAUGUCAUUUGUGCUGGACCCAAGGACAUGACGGACAAGCAGCUAAACAACAUGGCCAGCCUUCACAAUGAAUGCACUUCCACUGAUUUGAUCCUCCAUCAGUCAGUGCCAUCAGAGUCCCUGUCCGUGGAUACAUUCUCUUAUAAAAAUGAUGUCUAUGUGGCCAUUGCGGCACCCAACACAGAGAGUUGCAUGGUUUUACAGUGGGACCACAUUGAGAUGAACUUCAGGACUUACGACAACAUCACAGGCCAGUCGAUUGUUGGAUGCAAGUCAGUCGUCAUCCAGAACCAGGUCUUUGUCAUAGUGGCCCAACUCUUCGGUGGUUCACACAUCUACAAGUUUGAUGAGGACCAGAGCAGGUUUAGUAAGUUUCAGGAUAUUGAGGUAUCCAAAAUCUCCAAGCCCAAUGAUAUUGAAGCCUUCCAAAUUGCUGGUGAGUGGUUCUUUGUGAUAGCAGACAGUUCAAAGGCAGGACUCUCCACACUCUACAAAUGGAACAACAAGGGCUUCUACUCCUAUCAGUCCCUGCAUGAGUGGUUUCGAGACACUGAUGCUGAGUUUGUAGAUCUGGAUGGCAAGUCCCAUCUCAUUCUGGCCAGCCGCUCCCAGGUGCCAGUAAUCUACCAGUGGAGCAGGAAUACCCAGAAGUUUGCUCUGCAUGGCGAGAUCCCCAACAUGGAGGAUGUGGUGGCCAUCAAGGCUUUCCAGAUCAACGAGGACCUCUACCUGGCAAUGACCCGCUAUAUAGGUGACUCUAAGGUUGUCCGCUGGAGCACCAAACAGUUUAUAGAGAUUCAAGCACUGCCUUCACGAGGCUCCAUGAUUCUCCAGCCAUUCUCCUUCAAAGAGCGUCAUUAUUUGGCCCUGGGCAGUGACUAUACAUUCUCACAUAUCUACCUAUGGGAUGCUAAUAACAAACUCUUUGAGCGCUUCAAAGAGGUGUACAUUAUGGCUCCACGCUCCUUUACUGUGGUUUCAACUGACCGCCGGGACUUUAUCUUUUCCUCCAGCUUUAAGGGCAGCACGCAGAUAUUUGAGCAUAUCAUGAUUGACUUAAGUGUAUGAAAUAUCCAGGGCUUUUGCCCGUCAGGAACUCAAAUGGCAUUAUCUAAUAUUUCUUCUCAUCUGUUUCUUCCUAAUAAUCACCAUGUUUGAAUACCGUUUUUAAUCAAUUAAAUGUGCCAUAGUGCAGGUCUAUUGACUUGUGUGCGUACACGCACAUGUACUCUUGGUUAAUCCAGAAAGAAUAUCUUGUUUAGAUUAAGUUUGCAAAGUCUCCACCCUCUCAAAUGGAUAUGCACAGUUUAAGUUCUGCCAUUGCCCUAUGCUGUAAUGUCCAAAUAUCCCAUCUAAAUCCCGAACACCGGAACUACUGCUGCUUGUUAUACCACACUCAAUCAGUCCCCACAGUAACUAUAAUUUGGAGCAAAUAGACAUUUUUUCACAGUUGUUUUAUCCAACUGAAGAUAUGUGUUUACAGGCUUUGGAGUUAGAAAUUCAUAGCUAAUUCCCUGUAGUUUUGGACAUUGCAUUCAUAUUUUUUCUGUCCCACUCAUGCUAAUAGGAGAUGCAGUUUUUCCUCCAUAAUGUACAUUGCACGAAUCACACAGGUGUUUUACUAUUUUCUUGGUCCUGCUGCACCACCCUCUGGCUAUGAAUAUUGAUCAGUCCCUUUGCUUUGUAGAUAGAGGGAAAGUUUGCAUGAGCACAAACCUUUAACAACAUUAGUGUGUAACCCAGGUACUGGUCCUUAAACAAUCGUUAGCAGUAUAUAUCCAAAAUGACUAGCACUGUUGAUAAAGAUGAGUAAAAACGCUUCAUAAAAUAUGCAAAUAUGCUUUAUUAAUUAAUCUAGGGUACCGACACAAAAGACAAAUGUCUCAAAUUGUCAAUCUAUUUCCCAAAAAUACAUUUUUAAUAUUUUUGUUACACUCUCCCUUUGCAAAGAGUUUGACACAAAAAUAAAUUGGAUGAGAUCUUAGACCAUUCCUUUAUAAAGAAACUUUCCAGAUAAUUUGCACUGCGCUUAUGGUGCUCUCUAAUUUAAGCCACAUGUUGUCAAUGGGAUUCAAGUCAGGACAUUAAUAUGGUCAAUCCGAAUUUUGUUUUUGUAGUAAAUUAACUAUUUCUUAAUUUUGUGCUUGGGGUCAUUGAUUUGCCUUAAGAUCCACUUGCGGCGAAGUAAAGGCAACCAGGUUUUUGGCUAAAUGUUCUUGUCAUAUGUAAAGUUUAUGAUGUCACUGACCUUAACAAUGGGCACAGUGACUGCAAAAUAGCCCCAUGGCAUGAAGGAUCCACCGGCAUAUUUUAAAAUAGGUAGGUGUUUCUAUCAGCUCUUACAUUCUAAUUUGGAUAUCAAACUUACUAGUGGUGAUGUAUGGAGGAAUGGUCCAUGAUCCCUUCUGAUGUAUUUGACAAAAUCUCCUAAAAAAUUACAGGAAAAGGCUAGGUGCUGUUCUUGCAAGGGGAGAGUUUUAAACAAGGGUGUCUAUAAUCACACCAUUUUUGUGGAAGUACAUUAAUAAUAUGAAAUGUGUAAUUUUGGUUAAUUUCCUUGAAUCAUUAACAAAAUAAAAUAUGUAUUCCACAUACUAUAGAAUACUAAAAUGAAUCUCAUCUAUCUUUAUCAUGGGUGCCAAUCCCUUUGGAGGUGACUGUGUAUGUUUCCAUUCAUGUCUACAUUGUCCGUAUAUGAAGUUAUCUUUCAAUUAUUUGCUCAACAUCUCACUGUUGAACUAGACCCUCUGAGGUACCAAUGACAUGCGUCUGUUGUAGACAGAUAGGUCAAGUGUCUAAUAAGUGAGAUGCUCACUCUCCUUAAGAGGCACUUGCUCACCCUUUGUUCAUUCUUGCAUUUUUCCUCACAAAGAGAACUGCUCUCUUAAGCUCUUUUCAGCAUGAUUGGAUCGCUGUUGUCCUGCUUAACUAUUCCCGACAAAUCACCAACAAUAUUCCUGACAAGAUUUUAACAGGGGCAGUUCUAAGAUUUCAGGACAUUGAUUUAAGGACAUUGCCCCGUGCAAAAGGGGAACCCUAAUCGGGGUUCCAGUGUUCUUUUAAAAACAAAUGACAUAAUUGAUAAAUCAUAUCACAACCCACAUACUGAACCUUCUUGCCUGAUUUUUAUGCUCCUCAAUAAAACAUACUUGAAAUGUAAAAAUCUAUAUGUAUAAAAAAUGUUUUAUAUGGGUGAACUAUCACCUCCAAGUGUACAAGGUAUGAUAAUUGUUAUGCUAUGGCAAUUAAUUAAUCCAACCCUGGGUACCGUUCAAAAAAGGCCAAAUGUUGUUGAGGCUGACUAAACUUAGUUCAUAGGCAAGAUAUUUUGCAUUAUAUGAGCUUAUUGAAGUAUGCUUAUCAUUUCUGACCAGCCACUUAUUCACAAAUACUAAAAUGAAAAAAUAUUUGAGGAAAGAGGAUAUAUACAAUAUAUAUCGUAUUCACCUUUUUGUCUGUGACAUAGCCUACCUACAUCAAUAUGUACAAAAAGGCUUAGCAUAGCCCUUUUUUUAUUUUAGUGAAAUACACAGCCAAAUUGCAAAGAAAUAGAAUAAGAAAUUAUUGUUCUUGUUUACUUGAAGAGUAUUUACUGUAUUAUGUAAGGAAUAUGAAUAGUUCAUUUCACUUAGCAAGUAAAUUUAAGAAAUAGGUCAUCUUUUAUAUAAUGAAUACGACAUGGGAAGGUUCAAGCGUAGGGGGCUCCAGAUGUUUAUUUAUCCAAACACAGUAGGAGCAAGAGGUCUCGUGGUCUUUAUACAGGCAAAUGGGUCAGAAACAAUGGUACAGGCAAGAAGUCCAAAGGGUUAGGCAAUAGGUGUAUUCCAAGAAAAAAGGCAGAGAGGUCAGAUGGUCAGAUAAACGGCUACAGUACAGAAGGGAAUGUACAAGGAAAUUGAUUAACGAGUUAACACAAGCUAGAAAGAUAUGUACACAGUAGGCAGAAAUUAUAGAUAGGCUUAGUAGAGUCGUAACACGAAACAAUACCUCACAAAGAACUAACACAGAAAGCCUGAACAAAACACUGUGCUAAUGAGAGCGGGUGCGAAAGAGCACAGGUGCAACCAUUGAAACGUAGGGGACCCAGGGUGCAGACCUUGUUCAGGAACGACACUAAGAGAAGAAAAUAAAGAACAUGGUGAAAAAAACAUACUGCAGACAUUCAGACACAGAAAUGGACUAGAUGGGGAACAAGUAGGGAAAAUGAGCCUUAAGCUUAAGGAUAACAUGCUGUUAUCAUGUGAUAAGCUUUAAUCUGCCAAGUGCUAUCAACUGUACUUUAUAAAACCCUAUUCAUGUACACUCACCUAAAGGAUUAUUAGGAACACCUGUUCAAUUUCUCAUUAAUGCAAUUAUCUAAU